UUCUUUGCUCUUUGAUUUGCUUUUACUCAUCUCCAUGUCUCCGUUGCUGCUUUCCAAAGAGUCGCUAAAGCAAAGCUGCUUCGCACCCUUCGACAAAGUCGUUGUCGGAUCGAAAGUGACGACGGGAGCUCGCCGCGCAGGAUUUUUCGCAAGUCCUGCUCAAAUCCUGCAUAAAUCCUGUAUCCAAACAGGCCCAGUUUGAAAAAUCUCAAUCGGAGCAAAUUUGUCAGAUCAGGACAACUAACAAUAGGCACGGCAGCUGCGGCAGCGAUGGAGGAGGAGAAUAUCGAAGCAAUGAUCUUGAGGAUAGAGCACAAGUCGAAGAAAAUUGAGAAUUUGCUCAAGCAAUCAAAGCCGGUUGAGGCGCUGAAGACGGCUUUGGAGGUGUCUCCAACGAAUACCAAGGAUCAGCGGUGCAAGUCGGCUAACUGGAUUGUGGUGCAUCGGGCAAUGAUGGCCAUUAGGGAUGUGGAUGGCAUGUUUUCUUCUCUGGACCCGGAGUACUACGACAUUCUCAUGAAGUACCUUUACCGGGGAUUGGCUACUGGUGACCGGCCAACAUGCGAUCAGUGCCUCAGGAUCCAUGAAAAACUGACAGAGAAAGCUGGGCUGGGAUGUAUACUGCGCUCGCUUGCUGACACUGUAAAUACUGUGUGACCAUCAUCAGAAACUACACAAGUACCAUCAAAGAUCACCUUAUCUUCAAACAUUUUACUUACUUUUGUUGAUUAAUACAACUUUUCUUGUAAUCUUUAUCACAAUUGUCAGCUUGUUCAUUCUUUAAGGUGGUCUUCAUUUGCUUGCUGGUGGAGGUAAGCCUUCCAUCUCAUCUUUGGAUGAUAUUGUGAGCUUUUGUGGUAUUGUAAUGCUGUUUUGUUUGAGGGAGCUCAAAUCAGAUUGAACAACUUCUUUUUAGUGGCAUAAAUAUAGUUUCCAUAUAAUUAUGAGAUCAUUGUUGAAUUUUUAA